AUGAUUUUAUCCCUCCUCAAAGAUGUUGAUAUCUCACAAGGAGUCAAUGUGAUUGGUCCUAUCUUUGUGCUAUCUGUUUAUGGUUUACUUGGGCUGAAUGUGUAUAUGUUUUGAAACUGAUAUCUUCCUAUAUUGUAUAACAACAAGAUAAGUUAUCUGCCAUUAUCCGGUCCUGAUUCACACAUUGCUUGGAUUACCCAAAGCAUGAUAUUAACAUUUAUCUUCUUUGCUCUAUUGUUCAACAUUCUCUUUAACUACACGAUGGCUUGGCUGAUUAGUCCUGGAAAGCUCCAAGAAUAUUACAAAGGCAGAAUUAAAGGAAGUAAAGAAAACCCCAAUCUAGAAUGUAAGAAGAAAAAUAGGCCUACUAAUGCUAUUGCUAAUAAAGCUUUGAAGGCAUGCAUGAGGCAUACGAAGAAAACUAUUGACAAGAUUGAUGGUGAUUGGGAAAUCAGAUGAGCAAAAUGAACGUUCUUAGAUGAUAUGGAUGAGGAGACUGGUAUGAAUAAAUUACCUGUUAAACCUUUGAGAUUCCAUCAUUGCUCUAUAUGCAGAGGUUGUGUGAUAAACAUGGAUCACCACUGUCCCUGGGUGAACAAUUGACUUGGAUUGAAAUAACCUCAGAUACUUCUUACUGUUCAUAUUUUACCUUCCAAUCUCCAAUUUAUUUGUAGGUAUGAUAAUUUGGCAUUGAAGAGGUGACCCUCAUUACAGGAAUUACCCAAUGUGAAGCCAGAUAAUGAUCGGGAUCCAUAUUGGAGUGUUCUUGGCAAUGUCAUUCUUUAAUUUAUGGCAGUGGUACCUUUGCUUAAAGGGUAUUCCUCAAAUAGAAUAUCUCCAAAGUUUAGAUAUGGAGAUAAAUGAAGGGAAAGGAUUUGGAUUCCCAGGUAUAUGAGAUAAUAUUUAUGUUACUUUCGGAACUAAAAACAUUUUCAAAAUAUUCUUGCCUUCAUUCAGGCCACUCCCUCUAGAAGGGCUAGAAUGGACAUUAGAAGUAGUUACUACUAAGAAGAAAGCAAUGGAGGUUCAUGAAAGAGUUAUUGAUAUGUCAGAAGAGAGAGAUGAUAUACAAAAUAUUGAAAUAGAUUUGACUCAGCCAUAACAGAGCAUUAUUGAAUGAAUUUCAAUAAAUUUACG